GGAGGGAAAGGGAAAUUGGGUGUGAGUUGGCGAGGGGGGAGCCACAGCAGAAGGAGUCCCAGGUAGAAGAAGAAGGCAGCCGGGCUGGUAGCAUCGCCAGAGGGGGGAAAAAACACACACACACACCCUAUUCCUCACCAACCAGCCGCCGAGGCGCCUCCCUCUCUUCCUCAGCGUCCGAAUGGUCUCUUCCAGCUGAGGAGGGAAAGCCAGGAGAGGAGCGGUGCCUCUGUCCCUGCGGUGGAGCUAAAGGGAAGCGAAGGGAACUGGUAGGCGAGAACCACCGGACUUGAGAAAGGCGGGCAGACCCGCCGCCGCUUUGGCCGCCUUUGCAAGCGCCUUCCCUGAGGAGCCUCUUUCGGAAGCGAUGCCCCUCAAGUCCCAGGUGGCCGCUGCCACCGCCUCGUAGAGCUGCCAGCUCGCUCCAUCCUCUUGCUCUCCUUCGGGGUUCCGGUGCGUGUGGAGGGAUUGCGGUACAGGCAGGCACCAAGGCGCUCGCAGGUUGGGGCUUGUGUCAAACGUGCCAUGCCCCGGCGCCCGACGGACCAGCAGUGAGAGAGAGGCAGCAGCGUGGGUAGUGGGCGCCCGGACGUCUCUCUCCCCCUGGGCCAUGACAGCCAUGAAGAAGGAGCAGCAGCAGCAGCAGGCGCCGCCGGGGAACAACAGGGGCAGCCAGGCGCAGCAGCAACAGCAGCAGCAGCAGCAAGAGCAGGAUCUUGGAAGCAACAGUCCCCCACAGAGGAAUUGGAAAGGAAUAGCCAUUGCGCUGUUGGUGAUUCUUGUUGUAUGUUCACUCAUCACAAUGUCUGUAAUUCUUUUAACACCAGAUGAACUGUCAAAUUCAUCAGAAACAAGGUUGUCUUUAGAAGAUCUGUUCAGGAAAGAGUUUAUAAUUCACAAUCCAGAAGCCAAAUGGAUUAAUGAUACAGAAGUGGUGUAUAAAAACAGGCAUGGACAUGUCAUUAAACUGAAUGUAGAAAGAAAUACAACUACAUUAUUGCUGGAAAAUGCAACUUUUGUAACCUUUAAAGCCUCAAGAUAUUCAGUAUCUCCAGAUUUAAAGUAUGUUCUCCUUGCAUAUGACAUCAAACAGGUUUUUCAUUAUUCUUAUACAGCUUCAUAUGUGAUAUAUAACAUGCAUACAAGGGAAGUUUUGGAGUUAAACCCUCCGGAAGUAGAGGACUCAGUUUUACAGUAUGCAGCAUGGGGUGUACAAGGUCAACAAUUGAUUUAUAUUUUUGAAAAUAACAUCUACUACCAGCCUGAUGUAAAGAGUAGCUCUUUGCGACUAACAUCAUCUGGAAAAGAAGGAAUUGUGUUCAAUGGAAUUGCAGACUGGUUAUAUGAAGAGGAGCUGCUUCAUUCUCAUAUCACUCAUUGGUGGUCACCUGAUGGAGAGAGGCUGGCAUUUCUCAUGAUAAAUGAUUCCUUAGUACCAAACAUGGUUAUUCCCCGCUUUACUGGAUUUCUUUAUCCCAGAGGAAAACAGUAUCCAUAUCCAAAGGCAGGAGAAAUGAAUCCAACAGUAAAGCUAUAUGUAGUCAAUUUAUAUGGACCAACACAUACAUUAGAACUCAUGCCACCAGACAGCUUUAAAUCAAGAGAAUAUUAUAUAAUGAUGGUGAAAUGGGUCAGCAAUACGAAGACAGUGGUGCGGUGGUUAAACAGACCCCAGAACUUAUCUAUCCUUACAGUGUGUGAGACAACAACUGGUGCUUGUAGCAUGAAAUAUGAAUUUACAUCUGAAGUGUGGCUAUCUAAACAGAAUGAAGAGCCAGUUUUUUCUAAGGAUAGCAACAAAUUCUUUAUGACAGUUCCUGUUAAGCAAGGUGGCCGUGGUGAAUUCCACCAUAUUGCUAUGUUUGAUGUUCAGACCAAGAGUGAACAAUUUAGCAUUCGCCAUCUAACAUCAGGAAACUGGGAAGUUGUCAAAAUCUUGGCAUAUGAUGAAAAUACGCAAAAGAUUUAUUUUUUAAGUACUGAAAAUUCACCUAGAGGAAGACAGUUGCACAGUGUGUCAACGGUUGAUUUAUUGAAUCGUCAGUGCCUUUCAUGCAAUUUCUUGAAAGAUCAGUGUUCAUAUUUCAAUGCAAAAUUCAGCCCUACAAUCAAGUAUUUCAUUCUUCAGUGCAAAGGACCUGGCGUUCCAGCUGUCAGUGUGCACAGUACAAGCAACCCUGAAAAAUUUUAUAUAUUAGAAAAUAAUUCCAUAUUAAAAGAAGCAGUUUUAAAGAAAAUGAAAUUUCGGACUGAAACCAAAAUGCUCCAUAUUGAUGAUUAUGAACUUCCUUUACAGUUGUCAUUUCCAAAGGAAUUUACAGAACGGAAUGCGUAUCCUCUCCUUUUAAUAAUUGAUGAAGCUCCAGGCAACCAGUUGGUUACAGAUAAGUUUCACAUUGACUGGGAUUCUGUGCUUGUCAACUCUGAUAAUGUCAUCGUAGCUCAGUUUGAUGGAAGAGGGAGUGGAUUUCAAGGUCUAAAGAUUCUGCAAGAAGUUCACCGUUCCAUAGGAUCAGUGGAAGUGAAGGACCAGAUAGCAGCGGUAGAGUACUUGCUGAAACAACCAUUCAUUGACUCUAACAGACUGAGCAUAUUUGGAAAGGGCUAUGGAGGAUACAUUGCAUCAAUGAUUCUAAAGGCGAAUGAAAAGCUUUUCAAAUGUGGGGCUGUGAUUGCACCAAUUACAGACAUGAGAUUGUAUGCAUCAGCUUUUUCAGAAAGAUACCUAGGGAUUCCAGCUAAGGAAGAACAUGCUUAUCAGGCAUCAAGUGUGCUGCACAAUAUUCAUGGCUUUAAGGAAGAAAAUUUGUUAAUCAUCCAUGGGAUAGCCGAUACUAAAGUCCAUUUCCAGCACUCAGCAGAAUUAAUUAAACAUCUAAUAAAAGCUGGAGUGAAUUAUACUAUGCAGAUCUACCCAGAUGAAGGUCAUUAUAUCACAUCAGAGAAAAGUAAAUACCACCUUUAUAGCACAAUUCUGAACUUCUUUAGUGCUUGUUUAAAAGAAGAAGCACCCGUUGUAUUACAGGAACCAGAAGAAGAUGAAUAAGAAAGCUUAUUUGUAUAGAACUGUGGAGACUUUCAGUGAGGCUCACGAAAAGCUGCAUAAAAGUGACUAUGUGAGAGCAGUUUCUAUGGAAGCCCAAGGGCAGCUAAAGGAUAUACCAGUGGGACAAAACAUUUUGUAAUGUUGAGCGAACAAACUGGUAUUUGAAUACAGAAGUCCAAAUGUAUUACCAGGGGACAACACCUAUAUACCUUUGUGGAAGGCCAAAGGUUGGAUGCAAUUUUCUGGAAGAAAUUAAUUUUGCAUAAGAGUAGGGUUAGUGCAUGUUGAUUCUGUUAAGAUUCACUGUUUGUUCUGUAUGUAGUUGCUCUGUUUUUAUUUAAAAUGCAAUUAAUUUCUCAAUUUCAGCAUAAUGUACAGCUGUCUUAGGUAUCAAGGACACUAAUAUUAGAAAAGGACAGCUGCAGGUUAACACUCAAUUGUAUUUUUUACAAUAAGUGCAUUUUUCACUGUCCAGCAUCACAGUAUUAAGGAAAUUGCAUUUUGUUUCUGUUUUCAUGGGGAAAACAUUAGCUAGAUCAGAAACUAUUUCUAAAUAUUGGUUUGAUUUUUUCCCCCUACAAAAUUAAGGCAUUCACUGUUACUACUGUACCAACUAUAAAUGAAUAAGCGGAAUUUUGAUAGUAUACCCUUGGACUUUAUGUAUAUACACAAGACUCCUUCCACACAGAAAUGCUUGUGCGCUUGAACAGUUUUUUCAAGCCAUAAUUACAGCUAUGUUUAAAGCAGUAUCAGCAACUAAAAUAAUUCCCCGGUUAAAAGUUGUAUCUUUUUAUUUACUAAAAAAAUGUUUGGGUUGUGUUUUUUCGUAUUGUUUAUAGUAGUCAAUAGUUUGCUGGUUACACUCUAAUUUUAGAAUAUGCUUCUUUGUCACAUGUAGAUUAGAUACAUGAAUAUUAAAUUAUAGUUUCAGAUAAAGAAAUUUUAUUAACAUUGUAAUGCCAUUGAGUAAUGCUUUGAUGAAAUCUUUCAUGAAGGUGGUUCUUGCCUUUCUCCCCUUCCAGAUGGGUUGAGGUCCAAAUCUGAACUUAAAUGGUCACACAGCACAGAAAUCUGUUGUUUUUUCUUUGGUAUUUCACAACUGUCUAUCAAGUCUAGUUCAGGAAAGAAUGAAAAUCAGGCAAAUAAUUUUAAAAAGUGAUUUCCUCCUUCACAAUUUGUUUCUAAGGAAGGUUUCGGUAAAUGAUGAGACCCCAGAAGUGGCGAAGAAGUGAUACUAUGAAAUGAGCAAUGAAAUAAACAUUGGCUGUCAGAAGAUUAUCUUCCAUACCAGAAUCAAGCAAUGUUGGAUGUAAACCAAGUGCAGACUAAUGCUGCCUAUGCAUCUCACUGUGAAAUGUAGCAAUUUGUUCCCAAGAGUUUUUAUUAAUAUCUUCCAUUGUGAAUGAUGUUUUGGUUUUCAGCCUCUAGCACUGAGCAAAUUUCAAACUGAAUUAAUUGAAAAUAUUAUGUUAAUAACAAAAAUGCUUACAGAACAAAUGUUAGGCUGACAGGAGGCUUUUAAGUUCUACUUAUUUAUUUUAAUUUCUUUAUUUUUACAACCGUUUGUGGAACAUAGUUAAAAUGUAUACUGCUAAAAUGGUUAUUCUUUUGUCCAUGAUUUUUUGCAGUAUUUUCUUCUUAACUAUUUUGUUCUGCAACAACUGGAAGUCUCUAAGAGGCAUGCAUGUUGUUUAAAAACCAUAUAUCCUUCAUUGAAAACUUUUCAAGCUUUCUUUUAACCCAUGAAAACAUUGAAUAUCACUGGGAAAUCACUGGAUAUUCAUUGGUAUAAACACACAGGUAUUUAUAAAGAUGGUUUUUUUAACCAAUGGAAAUAGAUGGUCACUCUAAUAUAGAUUAUAUUAAAUGUGAAAUACAACUAUAAUAAUUUUAAUGGUAUAAUUAUUAAAUAUGAUGAUACUUUU